AGAAGAGAACUUGGGAAGAGAAAGGCAGAGAUUUAGCCAGGGGACCUUCUACUGGGUGGCCACCAUCUCUUAAUUACCCAGACGAAAGAGGAAGUUACUUGCAAUGUGAUAGAAGCUCCUACAGUUGACAGAUCAGGAAAGUGAGUUAUCUAUUGUGAGCUGAAGUGGCCUGCCCAAGUUCGGACAGGACCAUUCGCAUCCCACGUGAACGUCCAGAGAACAUUCCAUAGAACCUUGACUUUCUCAUCCAUCUCGGCUCUAUCACAGAUCUGCUUUGUUUUCCAACCAUAGUACCAUUGCCAGUCCCACAGGAUCCAUUGUCACCAAGAGCUACAGCUUUUAAUAAUAUUUAUCUACUGAGGAGGUCAUUGAGGUAUGGAGUCCGUAUCAAUCCCUGUGCUGAUUGAUGGGCUUGUUGAUUGUAUUGCCCAGCUAAUAAGGAUCGCUGAAGAGCUUUUACAGCUGAUUGCACGAGAGCAAAUGCCUUGUGCAGAGCAAAAUGGUGCAGCACAAGUGAUGGGAGAAGCUGCGUCUUCUCCUCAAGAAGAAGAUACGCUGCCAGAGCUCGCUGAGCUCUCAGAUUUAGAAUCAAUACUUACACCAAGAGAUGAUGAAGACCUAAUCCUUGACAUAGAUCAAGCAAUGUUAGACAUAGAAGACUUAUAUGAAGAUGUUCUCUCUGGCCUAAAUGAUGACUUAAGAAGUGGAUAAGACCACAUGCCCCCACCGGCACGUGAGAACAGAUAGUUUUUCUGUUUUAAAGAUAUUCUGAUUUUUCUGAGUGUUAGCAAUGAGUUUUCUCCUAGUUCCGUACAUUUUCAUUAUUAAUACCUUAUAGAACAAGUAAUAUUAGAUUUACUGCCAGUAGAAGCUGGUCUCUUUUCCUCUUUAUAUUCCUUUUAAAAGCUCUGACUUGAGCCUUAUGAUUCCUUCCCUGCUUGCACUUGUUCACCUGUUAGAAUUCCUAAGAACAGAAGCAAACAAUAGCAUAACAAGAAAUUUCUCACUUAACAAUGGAGUGAAGACCUCAUGGAUAGAUCACAUUUUGGAACCCAAUUUCACUGUGCUAUGAAUGGAAACCAAAAAAGGAAUAGCCCCCAUGAUGGUAUUAUAGUGAAUACAUCACACAGACAGAACAACAUUGGGACACUUUUACUGGAAAAGAUAUAACUACUUACUAGGCCUUGAGGAGAGGAUGUGUCAACUAAAGGGUGCAAUUUUGAAAAAGCUGAUAAACUGUAGAAAAGUUUUCGGAUAACUUUUGUCAGGGAGAAACCUUUGAAAAAGCUGAGGCCAAGAGGUUCCGAUGCACGACUGUUCCCUCAAAUGCACACUACGAUGAGUCUUCCAUAUGGUUUCCCAAAUGGAAAGGGCAAAUUAUACCAGAUAACAAAGAGAGUAGUACUAUCACCGGAAGGCCUAAACAAAGCCCUACAAGGGCUGUUCACCAAUGGAGAGUCAAAUGCUUUAUGGCAUAGGCUCAGAGAUGAUGGUCCACAAAUGGAAGGGGAUAAAGUAUAUCUUCUUUAGUAUAGUUAGAUUUAUAAAGAAUAGUUGAUAGGCUUAUUAUAGUUAACCUGCUGCACCCUUGACACAGAAAUCUUAACUAUUACGAUAUGGGAGCAAUAAUUAACUUAAAUAAAAUAUGGACUGGUAUUUAGCCACAAUAAUUCUAGAAAUAUCAGAAGGGUAAAAUGGAGUAGUUGGAGGACUGCCCCCCCAUAUCAAAACAGAAAGAGACCCAAUAAAUUUAUGGGGAAUUCAUUGGUCAUACUAAUUCCCAUGCCAUUCAGUAGUCUCAUUUCCAUUUGGAAAAACAGCUACCCUUCAUACAAGCGCAUGGACACUGUGGUCCUCCUUCCUAGGGAAUGGCCUUUGCAUCUCUUAACACGGCCAACAACUCGGCAAAGACAUAAAAGUGUCGCUAGGACAAAUUGACAUAUGCAAAUUGUGAAGAAAUGACAUAUAGAAGCUCAUCCAUGUGGAUGGAAACCAGACUAUACCAAUUCAUAUAGAGUAGUAAAGCAUAUUAUUGUCAAAAAGAUUAAAAUACAGAUGCUGCAUCUAAUCCUAAGCGAGGUCUACAUACAUAGACAAUUAGCUGCUUUUAAAGGCAAAUGGAGGGUGGAAAUUAUAGACUACACAGCCAGGUCUUGUUUGGAUGAGCAGUAGCAGGAGGGACAUAAAUCAGUUUGCCACAGAAUUUCAGGAUAAGUACAUGUAACAAAUUGAAGAAAAAGACUGCUGUAUCAAAAAAAAAAAAAAAAAGCUACCAAAGACCCUUUUGAAAA